UAGUCUCUCUUUCUUUUUUAAACUUGAGCUAAGAAAAAGCGAAAGGAAGCAAGCAAGCUCUGUGUGUGUGUGUGUGAGAGAGAGAGAGAGAGAGUGUGUCUUUCAUAGCAGCGCAGGGGGCCCCACAUGAGUGCAAGGCAGGCGUCGCAAGGGGAGGAAGAAAGAGUUGGCCCAAUGCUGCAAGGACAGCUGUAGUCCUCUAGAUACAAGCAGGAUGUGACAUCACUGGAGGGGAGACAAAAAAGGGCAGAGUUUCUUUAAUGAAAACCCCAGCAAGGGUUUUUUGUUUUUUUUUUUGGUGUUUUUUUUGUUUUUUGUUUUUUGUAUGGAAUACUUGGUUAUCCCUGAGAUCGUACUUAUUGGCAGUUCAGAGCUAGUGAAGGAAUCCGGCUCUUUAGCCUUUUCUGGUGCUGCAAAGCUAACGACUUUUUGUCCGGAUCAUCGGUGGAGUGGAGGAAGUCAUCCUUAAUUUUUUGGAUUAAAAUUUUGCUUUGGAAAGAAUUGUUGCCUUUUCAAACCUGGCUGGUUCCAGUCCAGAAUGGCUUUGUGCCUUAAGCAAGUGUUUAACAAAGACAAAACAUUUCGUCCCCGGAAGAAAUUUGAGCCAGGCACCCAGCGGUUUGAGCUGUAUAAGAAGGCCCAAGCUUCACUGAAAUCAGGACUGGAUCUGAAGACUGUGGUCCAGCUACCCCCCGGGGAGAACAUCAAUGACUGGAUUGCAGUACAUGUUGUGGACUUCUUCAACAGGAUAAAUCUCAUCUAUGGGACCAUGUCAGAGUUCUGCACUGAGAAGAGUUGCCCUAUCAUGUCAGGUGGGCUCAAGUAUGAAUACCGGUGGCAAGAUGACUACCGAUUCAAGAGGCCUACCAAGCUGUCAGCACCUCAGUACAUGUGCAUGCUGAUGGACUGGAUUGAGACGCUAAUUAAUAAUGAGGACAUAUUUCCUACCAGAAUAGGUGUUCCUUUCCCCAAGAACUUCCAGCAGGUCUGCACAAAGAUUCUCACACGCCUUUUCAGGGUCUUUGUGCAUGUCUACAUCCAUCAUUUUGACAGCAUCAUCAGCAUGGGUGCCGAAGCUCAUGUCAACACCUGCUACAAGCACUUUUACUACUUCAUCAGUGAGUUUAGUUUGGUCGAUCAAAGGGAACUGGAGCCUUUGAAAGAAAUGACAGACAGAAUUUGCCAUUAAGAUCAUUUGGUCAUUUUUGCAGAAUCAUCGUUUGCAUGGACAAAUUGUUCUGAGGAUUAACUACAAGAUGAGCUGAUGGACUACUGCUACAGAACUGAGGACCUCUUCCAUGGACUAAAUCCAACAGUUUUUGAAAUACAUAAUAACAGUCCAUAUGUACUCCAGUACCUUUCUUUUCCUAGUUCUGUCUCUGCCCUUGUGUCUGUAGCUAUCUACAUAAUUCUGUUUUGGCUUCAUUCUUCUGCGGCCCACCUGCCAAAUUGCCUCAUAUCUUAACGACACUCAGAGAGGAAAGCAACCUGGGGAAAGUAUUCCAACCAGAGGAGUCCUGCCACCCCUUUGGAAGUCUGAUCUUUCAAAGAACAAGAGAGUCACAAGAACCUGUGUCUUGCUCUGCAUGGAAAAAUGAUUGAUCACCCUCACAGAACUUCACAGAAGUCAAGAGCUACUGGAUAUUUCUGUGUGGAAGAAAAUGCUUUAACCUGGAGUGAUAGAGGUGCUGGGAAGAUACUAGACCUGUGAGGAAUACUUUAUUGGAAGAUCAGUUUUUCUUUCCAGUAAGACAGGAUUCAUAGGCCAACAUUCUAACUAAUGAUUACAGUCUAUAUAGCAAAAGACAGAUGGCAGCUGUGUCACCGUAAAGUUUCAAUAAGCAAACAACUCCAGGUUUACUCGUGAUCCAAGUACUACAGGAGAAGUUUUAGCUCCACAGAAAACUUCAGUCCAGGAAAGUAAUCAAUGCUGCAAAAUAAAUACCUUAACAGAAUUCAGUUAUGGAUCAUGAACCAGUAAGAUCUUUGGAUUUGGGGGCAUUGUUAACUCCAAGCCACUAACAUUAUCUUAUAGAAAAUAUGUACUGCCUUAUGUCAGGUAAGAUUAAUGGUCUAUCACAGGGUUUCUUAACCUUGGGCCCCCAGAUGUUGUUACACUACAACUCCCAUCAUCCCCAGACAUGGCCUUUGUGGCUGAGGAUGAUGGGAGUUGUAGUCCAACAACAUCUGGGGGCCCAAGGUUAAGAAACUCUGGUCUGUCAUGCUAAAUGCUGUCAGCCCUGGCUGGCAAUGACUCUCCAGCCAGGGUCAUUGCCAGGACCAGAAUUUCAAUAGAGAUACCAGGAACUGAACCUGGGGUUUUCUGCAUUCAGAACAUGUGGCUGUGGAUAGGGCUGUAGCUCAGUGGUGGAGCAUCUGCUUUUCAUGCAAAAGGUCCUAGGUUCAAUCCCUGGUAUCUUCAGGUAGGGCUGGGAAAGACCCAUGAUUGAAAUAUUGGAGAGCUGUCGCCAGUUCGUGAGCUAGAUGGACCAAUCAUCUGACGUGGUAGAAGGCAGCUUCCUGUCUUCCUAUGUGUGGUCUAUCACUGAGCCAUGACCCCCACCCCCCGAUUCUCAGUAAUUAUUUCCCCAUUGGCAGUUAACUGUUGAUCUCUUCUUUUGAGAAGGGAUGUAGUGGUUUUUCUUCUUUUAAAAACACUGGUCUGAGCCACAUACAUAGAUAGGUUUUACUAGUUUAUUUUGUAAAGGUAUUGUACUUUAUACAUCAAUAUUUAUAUCUUGAAUUGUCUGGCUAUUUUUCUGCCUAUGCAGUUUAAAUAUUAAAAUUGCACAGAGUUUUGGA